CUGUCAUUGAUGCCAAACAAUUUUUUUUUUUGGUUUCAAACAGUAAUCAACCACGUUGUGUGUCUGCCGGUGGAACAAUCACUUCAAAGAUGCAAAGAUGACCAGCGAAUCAGCCGUAUGUAAAAAUCAUCCCGAUAGUUUUUGUUACGUUUGUGGCGAAUACGUUUCGGCGGCAUUCAAAAAGCCAAUCAGCGAAGUGCACAAAAAAGCGUACCUGGCAUACUUUGGCUUCGGUAUAUGUGAUCAAAACAAACAGUGGGUGCCGCAUUUUCUGUGCAAAAAUUGUCAUUUGGGCCUACUAAAGUGGUUCAAUGACUGUGGCGGCGGCUUAAAUUUUGCCAAGCCAUUGAUUUGGCGCGAACCACAUGAUCACAAUGUCGACUGUUAUUUUUGCUUAACUCGAAUCGAUGGUGCCACCGGCAAAGUGGAAUACGCAAAUGUGAUGUCAGUAACACAGCCAGUCGCAAACCGUACACCAGUCAACACACAACCAAUCAGUUACAGUGCUCCAUCACCAGUGCGAGUGAAAUAUAUCGAAACACAUUUAAUCUUGCCAAACGAAUUGGAUUUGCUGAUUAGCGGUCUCAAUUUAAGCGAACGAAGCGCCGAGAUUCUUGUCAAAACAUUUCAGGAAUGGAAAAUUUUAGCGCCAUUUCCAGGCUUUCAUCGUCGCAAAGUAGCACAAGUGAUGUAAUUCGUUCCAGCCAACAAACACCUCUUCAUUUUGUUUACAUUCAACAACAACGACAACAGCAAUUCAUUAUUCACCAUCAGCAAUGUGAGCACUUGCUGUGCUGUCCAAGUGACGUCCCCACAACAACAAAAACUCCUUUAUCAAUAGCUCCAUCAUACUUUUGCAUCUAUUUACUGUCAUCGUUCUUCUUACAUAAAAUGUGACCAAAAAUCUAAUUGUAAACUAGAAAAAACAAUUUAGAGGAUAAACUGUUGACAAUAAAAUUGAGUGCAAGAUUAAAUUAAUUAUUUUGCUAAUGAUAUUUUCAAUGUAAAUAAAUGCACGUUCCGAAUUUGAUAGAAAAAAAAA